CUGACCAUGAUAACAAGAAGUUUCCCUUUUACACUGACAGUUGUUUUUUUUUCUUUUUAAAAAUUGUUUCAAUCAAUUCUUGUGAAAUAGUUGUGUAUUUUAUUUAUUUACUGAGCCUUAAUUAUCGUAAGUGGUUUCGUCUGGGGUUGUUCCUAUCUUGAUUUCAUAAAGUCAGACUUUAAAAAGAGGAAGGUACGAAUGUAAAACAGCAGAAAAACAGUUGCAGCUUGCAUUUGCAGCUCACUCUGCUGAAAUCUAUUGGCUAACACUACAACACGUGAUGUCAUUGAUCAUGGUUCCUCCUCUUUCCCUGGUGUUUCUGCUCAUAAUUCCAGAAGUUUAUGGGCUGGAGAGUUGGUCUGUGAGAUACAGUUCUUCACACAUCUGUGCUCUAAAACACUCAUCAGUGAUAAUGAGAUGCACUUAUACAUACCCUCCUGAACAUCAGAUCAAGAAAGUGUUCUGGACCAAAACAAAAAACAAAAAUCCUGAUGAAGAGUUUCCAGAUCUGUCUGAGGACCCUGAAUACAGUCAGAGGUUUCAGUAUCUGGGAGAUAAAGAGAAGAGCUGCACCAUGAGACUGAGUCAUGUGACACAGAAAGAUGAACACGAGUACUGUUUCAGAUUCACUACUGAUGAAGAUAAAUGGAUUGGUCAUCCAGGAGUGACUCUUACUGUUUUAGAUCUUCAGGUGGAGUCUCCUGAGAGAGUGACAGAGGGAGAUUCAGUCCGUCUGACAUGUAAAAGCAGCUGCGCUCUGACUGACAGAGCAACAUUCAUCUGGUACAGAAACUCACAGCCAUUAACUGAGAGAAGAGACAGAAACAAUAUACUCCUGCUGCAGUCAGUCAGAAGAGAGGAUGCAGGCAGAUAUAGCUGUGCUCUACAGGAACACACUUACAUCUCUCCUGAGGUUUAUCUCAAUGUCACGUGUGAGUAUGUUCUACAAAGUUUUCUUCCAUUGAGAAUCAAAGCUCAUCUGUUGGAUCUGGACAGAGUUUCAGUGCACUACAGAGUGGACGCUUCUACUGUGAGGCUCACAAUCAACACGGAUCUCAGAGAUCAGAUGCUGUUUCUGUCACAGGACAUGUCCUCUAAUGUAACUGAGAGGGAUGUUCACGUGUCUGAAUCAGCCUUUUGGAUGAUGCACCAUAUGCCAGCAUUUCAUUCAGAAAACACAGAAGAGACGUCACCGAGACACCCAGGAGGUCCAGUAUGCAACAGUCCAACAUCACAAAACCAAACCGACGAAGAAAGCGGAGGAGAAGGAAAACCAGUACGGAAACAUCAGGAUUCACCAGCCGGCUGCUGCCGUGAGAUUAUGUAUUAUUUGUGUGAAUAUAAGAUUAAUAUUGGUAUUGUACAACCCACUGACUUGCUGAAGACGUGUGUUUAUGUACUAAUGUCAGUGAGAAUGUCUCUUCCUCUUGCUCUGGCGUUUCUGCUCAUGAUUUACGGAGUUUAUGGCCAAUGUGAUUGGGGUUUGAGUUAUGGCUCUUCACGCAUCUGCGCACUAGUGGGGUCAACAGUGACAAUCUACUGUAACUAUACAUACCCUCCUGAACAUCAGAUCAGAGAAGCAAACUGGACCAAAACAAAUGAAUGCUAUCAAGAUCUCUUAACGGACCCAGAAUACAGUCAGAGGUUUAAGUAUCUGGGAGAUAAAGAGAAAAACUGCACCAUGAGACUGAGUCAUGUGACACAGAAAGAUGAAGACAAGUACUAUUUCAGAUUCAUCACUGAUCAGGAAAAAUGGCUUGGUCUUCCAGGAGUGACUCUUACUGUGACAGAUCUUCAGGUGGAGUCUCCUGAGAGAGUGACAGAGGGAGAUUCAGUCCGUCUGACAUGUAAAAGCAGCUGCGCUCUGACUGACAGAGCAACAUUCAUCUGGUACAGAAACUCACAGCCAUUAACUGAGAGAAGAGACAGAAACAAUAUACUCCUGCUGCAGUCAGUCAGAAGAGAGGAUGCAGGCAGAUAUAGCUGUGCUCUACAGGAACACACUUACAUCUCUCCUGAGGUUUAUCUCAAUGUCACGUACCCACCCAGGAACGUCUCGGUGUUCAUAAAUGAAUCUGGUGAAAUAGUGGAGGGAGAUUCAGUGACUCUGAUCUGCAGCAGUGAUUCAAACCCACCUGCAGAAAUCAGCUGGUUUAAAGGAAGAACACUUGUUAGAUCUGGAAGAAUCUACAGCAUCUCAAAGAUCAGAUCUGAUCACAGUGGAGAAUACAAGUGCAGGUCCAGAAAUAAACAUGGAAAGAAAUACUCUGAAGCUGUGACUUUAAACGUCAUAUAUGCACCCAGGAACGUCUCAGUGUUCAUGAAUGGAUCUGGUGAAAUAGUGGAGGGAGAUUCAGUGACUCUGAUCUGCAGCACUGAUUCAAACCCACCUGCUCUGAACUUCUUCUGGUUUAAGGAGAAUCAAAGCUCAUCUGUUGGAUCUGGACAGAGUUUCAGUGCACUACAGAGUGGACGCUUCUACUGUGAGGCUCACAAUCAACACGGAUCUCUGAGAUCAGACACUGCUACUGUCACAGUUCACAGAAGUGAUGGUAGGACUGUGUUCCAAGUUACAUUGGUAUCUGGAGUAUUAUUCAUCAUCGUUUUACUUUUUAUAAUUCUGAGAAAAAUGAUGAAAAGAAGAACUGCAAUACAUGAGUACGAGAAUGAUGAUCUCAGUCUAAACAGAUAUACUACCCUCGACCCCAGGUCCAGAUCUUCUGAUCAGUACAUGACACUCACAACAACCCAUCCCCCGACCGCUGCUCAGCAGUCAAGCUCGUCCUAAUAUGAGAGUCAGUCAGUAACCACACAGCAAGCUGCAAGAUGAAGCCACUUGUGUGUCAUCGCUGGACACCCACAUCACAACGCUUGAAGAAAACACUUGACAUUCUUCAGUGAACUUCCUCAAAGCAUUUUUAUAAAUUAUGUUCGGUAAAUGAUCGCUUUACGUAAUUAAGUUCGAUUGUUGAGCAAAAUGAUCGAAUUAUCUAAUGAGCUUUUAUAAGAAGAUUGAAUACAUUUUAUCUGUGCAUUAAAGCGUCGAUGUAACUGCAGUUUCCCUUUUUAAAUAUAAUAUUAAUAUACUAAUAUGUAUACUAAUACAUUUCGAAAGAGUACAUUUGAUGAUAUUUUGAACUCAUUUAUUAUUAAAUGGUAUUGUAUUAUUCACCUUGUUUCAAGUCUUUCCUUUGUACUUAUGUGUUUGACCAGUGUUCAAAAAAGCCAAUAAUUAUAAGAACAAAUCGAUUCUGCAGAGAAAUAUUAGAGGGUAUUGUAAAAUGGUAUAGUGUGGGGAUUU